CUCGAGCCCCGCGUCCAGAGGCUGAGCCCUUCCCAGGCCUUGGCAGGGCCCCGCCGCCUCUCCUGCGCGGUUCUCGGCUUUGGCGCCCUCCCUCUUCCUCUGAGCGCUUUCCCGGAAGGGCCUCUAACUUUAAGAAGGCAAACAUGGCAUCAACUGUCCAGCGAAAAAGGACGAGCCCUAAACCGGAGCUUACUGAAGAUCAGAAACAGGAAAUCCGAGAAGCUUUUGAUCUCUUUGAUGCUGAUGGAACUGGGACAAUAGAUGUUAAGGAACUUAAGGUGGCAAUGAGGGCACUGGGCUUUGAACCCAAGAAAGAAGAGAUCAAGAAAAUGAUAAGUGAAAUCGAUAAGGAAGGGACAGGAAAAAUGAACUUUAGUGACUUUUUGACUGUGAUGACUCAGAAAAUGUCUGAGAAAGAUACCAAAGAAGAAAUCCUGAAAGCUUUCAAACUCUUUGAUGAUGAUGAAACUGGGAAGAUAUCAUUCAAAAAUCUAAAACGUGUGGCCAAGGAGUUGGGCGAGAACCUCACUGAUGAGGAGCUGCAGGAAAUGAUUGAUGAAGCUGAUCGAGAUGGAGACGGAGAGGUCAAUGAGCAAGAGUUCCUGCGCAUCAUGAAAAAGACCAGUCUUUAUUAAGAUCAGUGUCUUCUUUUCUACCGCAAGCACAUGGAACUAGACUUAGUGCCUGCCAUUUGUGUGAAACCUGGUUUUUCAGACCAUAAAUUAUUUCCCCCCAACUGACCUCUCUGUAUAACUUUAGUACCAACUUCGAAUCUAUUUUAGAUGUUUGAAAGUGUUCUUUAACAUUAGAAUUCUUUGUAAGGUUACCUGCUGAUUACUUUAAUUCCCCAAGGCAGAACGAGACCACACUAGUGCAGAGAAAAAGGUCUUCAAGCUCUUGCCCACCUGCCGUUCUGCCUCGAAUCACUUAACUUUUAUCAUGCAUUCCCACAUUUAUGCUACUGCAGAACAACUUCUUAACAAGCACAUGUUGUACCCAUGUCGCCACAAGCAGGGGACAUUUCUUUGAUGGUUCCAACUUUAACUGACACCUGAGUGCAGCUAUCUCUUUUGUAAAACCCAGUGAACUCUCUCACUUGCAUUUGGAUGCGUGUGUGUGUGCUAUUUGUUUUGUCUUAAAAUAAAGUUUUUCUUCUUAUGA